UGAACGAACAAGUUAGUCGUUAGUUACACGGUUGUUUUAACGGCGUCCAGCGCGUUGUGUGAAUAAAGUGAUAAUUAAAUUAGUGCAGGGAGAAAUAUGAGUGGCAAAUUAUUGUUAAAACGCAUGGUGAUGGAAAAAUGCGUUAAGUGAUAAAUUAAACAAACCGGUUCUCGGUUCGCAGUGUGAAUAUUUGCUUGUAAAUCAUGGCGUUUUCUCUAAAUAAGUUGAAGAACAUUCUGAAUACAAAUCGGGACAGUCAGUUGGCUGGUAGUGGGAGCCUUGAGCCCGAGAUCGGGUUCAAGUUGUCGCUUCACCCGGUGUCCAAGAAUCUGUACGUGACCGUCAUCGGGGCCCGACACCUGCCCUCCUUGUUUGGGUUGAGCCGCGCACAUGGAUAUCUUGUUAAGGUCAAAGUGUUCCCGGGUGACAACAAAUUUGAGACGACCCUGCAGGAAAGUUCAUGGCCGGUCUGGAACGAAGACUUUAAGUUCCAGCUGAAACAGAAGGAGGCUAAGAAGCCAGACAAACCCGAUCUCCAAGGACUAGUUGCCGGCCAUUUCCUAUCUCUCACAAUAUAUGCGCUACUCGAGCCACCCAAAACAGAAUCAGACAAAAGAAAAAGUGCAAAAACGUUAGACAAUAAAAAGAACCCUAAAGUAGCAGACCAGGAAGAACCGAAAGCGAAAAGUGGGUUCCUAGAAAAGACAUUCGGUAGUUUUAAAUCGACGAAAGCAGAGGCGAUGGCGCAAAAAUCUGUUCUGGAAAAAAGAAGGACAGUCGGAGCAGCGACGUGGAAUUUCGAUUCGAAGCUGUUCCAGAAUGAUCUGAAGAAUGGUUUAAUUGGAACUCCAGAUAUUUGGAGGCCAAUUAAUGCGAUUGCGAGCGGUCUAGCCGCCGCCGACACGAGAAGAGAAAACAAAAAGGGCCAACUGGAAGUGACUCUGUUGUACACGACGAGCGAAGAUGGCCUCAACGAUGUGGUCACGCUGACCGUCAACAGGCUACGAUGCAGUGUACUCACUAUGCAGGAACAGGAGCAAUAUAAAGCUCCGCUGUACUUGAAAGCCACAAUAUUGGAAGCCAACAAGGCGGAGUGUUAUUGGAAAAGUGACAGAUUCGUUCCCACUAUAUCGGCCAGGUGGGACCCGAAAUCUGCGACGGUAAAGCUGUCGGUGUUCAGAGCCAGUUUGAGCAAAGUCAGCAUUUAUAUUAGCCUCGGAUGCAAGACCAAGAUGGCAAAGAAGGAAAUACUGGGGAAAGCGACUAUUGACGAGAAAUCGGUUAAUGCGGAAGCGUGGAACGAAUGUUUGCGGCAACCAGGCAUCCCUAAAACGUUUUGGGUUAACUUUGAGUGAAUGAAGAACGAACUUUUUUCGUUUAAAAUCUCCGUCCUUAAACCUCUUGUGAUAAUGUGAGGUUGUAUUUUAACUGACGAGUAAAAGGGACAUUACAAUAUUAUAUGCAACUAACCGAAUAUCUUUAAGAUUAAUAUUUGACAAUGAUUAUUAAGAGACAUCACUCUGUAUAUGAUACUUAUGAUGAACGGGUAGAUUGGGAAAUGAAUAAACAGUUUGAAAUAAACAUGUUCAUAAUAAACAUAUUUAAUAACAGAAUAAAGUAAAUCAAAGCAUGUUCUAAACAAACAUAAUUUGAUGUAAUGUUUAUUUUAAUACAUAAUUACUCUUAGACGGUUAUUACACUGCUGCUACCGAAUUUCGUUGUGAAGUACGGAGCGAAUUGCGGCAACGACGGCACACUGAUGGUUGCAAGGUGACAUUUAUUAUGUCACACUGUUAUUGCCUCUUCCCAUGAAGAGGCGAAGUCAUUAUACACCGUGUUUUUUUUUGUUUUCAGUUAAAUUCGACUCGUAGCUAGGUUCUGCAUAUCACUUUUAGUUAAAUUCGCAAAAAAAAAAUUUUUCAUCGUUUUCAUACAUAAUAAAU